UUUUCCCUAAAGGGUGGCUUGCUUUUACUUUGUUUUUGUUAAUUUAGAGUGUGAGAGAGAUCAUGGUUGAAGAAGUUGAGGAGAUCAAUUCUAAUUCAAAGACAAAGGGUUUAGUUUACUGGACGGGUUUGGUGCCCCAUGGUGGCAUUCGCAAUGCGAUUCCAAACCAACAAGGGAGGAUGACUGGUCCUACAAGACGAUCAAGAAAAUGGACAGGGGAGGAGGACAAAAUAUUAGCUGAUGCAGUCAAAAGGUACAAUAGCAAAAAUUGGAAGAAGAUCGCGGAAUGUGUUCCUGAUAGAACAGAUGUUCAGUGUCUGCAUCGAUGGCAGAAGGUUCUUGACCCUAAACUUGUUAAAGGACCCUGGAAAAAAGAGGAAGAUGAUCUCAUUCGAGAGCUUGUUGAAAUACAUGGAAACAAAAAAUGGUCUCAAAUAGCAAAACACUUGCCAGGCCGCAUAGGCAAGCAAUGCCGAGAAAGGUGGCACAACCAUUUAAAUCCAGAUAUUAAUAGAACUCCAUGGACGAAAGAGGAGGAGGCAGUUCUCAUCAAAGCCCAUGAAGCAUAUGGGAAUAAGUGGGCUGAGAUCGCAAAGCUUCUGCAUGGAAGGACUGAAAAUUCAAUAAAAAAUCAUUGGAACUGCUCAGUGAGGAAGAGAAUAGAAUCAUAUCCAGCUCUUGGUUUGGACUUCUAUAGUUACAAGACAAAAGCAGACGGCAAGAAGCUUGAGGUGGGCAAGCAAAGAAAUGAUCGGGGUGUGAACUUGUGCUCAAACGUGGAACCUUGUUCACUGGAUUUGGUUCUUGGAAAUGUUGGUAGAAGGGAGGACCAACUGACGGUGUCAGAUAAUGAAAUUUGUAAAGAGUGGAACGAUUCAGCAAAGUCCACAGGUAGAACUAUAGGUACUAAAGCUACUGAUACAUGUGGUCUGUCCAGCCAAGAUUGCAGAGAAAGUGCCAGUAGUGCAUACACAUCUGAGUCAACAGACCAUUCCUCUGUUAACCAGCCUGGGAAAAUCUGUGAUAUUUCUUUCGGUAAUCUCAUGAGGUCUCCAUAUUCACAGGAAAGGACUCAUGAGACUACAAAUACUAUCAAUUCAUUGCAUUCUGAAGCACUUUCUCCGUCUUUGGAUCUCUCUUUGAGUACUCCAUUCAGUGCACAUGGUUAUGAUGAAACAUGGGAUGAACAUGAGAAAAAUAGAGGGGCAGGAGGGCCUAACACUACGGAUAAAUUACAUCGUGGCUUGUGCUUCGAGUCACUCCAGCAAAAGGAUUUGAAUGUCUUCCUGGAAACCGGUAGUUUUCCCAGUUCAGAUUGCUACAUCCGCACAGUAGGAGGUCCAGGUUCCUUCUCCACUCCUAUAAGCCGCAAUAGAGUGUCUCCUAACUGUAGCAGUCCAGAAUCCAGAUUGAGAAGCAAAGCACGGAGUUUCAAAAGCAUGCCAUCGAUUAUAAGGAAGAGAAGUUCUAUUACUUUGAGACAAGCUGGCUCAUCUGACAAAGGUGAUUAUGGCCUCCGGUCGCUAGGUUCGUGCUCAUCUGACAAAGAUGAUGAUGAUGAUGAUGUGGAUCUAUUAAACAAGAAGCAGCUUUUCCUUUCUCCUCCGAAAUCCAAGAAGCUUGAAACUUUAGAAGACAUGAAGUCUGUCGAAAAACGCCUGGAAUACGCUUUUAACAUAGAAGGUUAAUACAACAACAGGACUAGGCCAGUUCCACCAUACCUACCAUACCUAUAUCUACAUCAUCUGAUAGUUCUUCUCCUGCUAAUUUUAAUUAAGAGAAGUUCUAGCUCAUUGAUGUGAAUUAGACUGAUCAGGAUCUACAGUGGAUGCACAUUGGCAUUGCUUUAAUCUUUUCAGGGUCUCAGGAGUGCUGAAUUAGCCCAUCUAUCUUUUGUUUUGCCAAAGAGGGCAACUUUACGUCCUAGCUCUCCUAGUUUGCAGUGAACUAGUGUCAAUUAACUCAUUGGCAACUUUUAUUAUCAGCAGCGAACGGCUUUAGUGGUAGAAGGUUGUCGAUAAAUUUGACUGACUUCAUCAUUCCACGUAGAGUGAAAAACCAUUUAGGAAAAGUAUAUGGUGUUUAUGGUGAAAGCAUUGAUUUUUUUUUUUUACUGUUAUAGAG